UCACCAUCUGAUUGCCUAUGAAGAAGAAGAAGACGAAGAAAUGCUUAGGUAUCCUCAAAACAACUUUGUGACGAUCUUGAACUAUUCGAAAUCUAGACUCACCACCGAGAAAUUGUAAAAGGUUUUUGAGAAUUAAAGUCAUCGUGGAAAAAACUCUGAUUUUCUUGUGCAUAUGUUAGAUUGUUCAUAUUAGCUAAUGUGACUGAUGAUCGCAGUGGUGAUAAUACUGACAAAGCAGAUAAUGUAGGAAUAAUACCACCAUUGGAUGCUGUAUCACGAGAUGAAAGCUGA